GCUCAAAAUGCAAGGUGAACAUAGCCUUCCUGAGUUUGCAUUGAUAAUACUCUGCUCCACCUCUCAUCCCUCCUUCAUGAACGAAGGCAUCACUGACCCUUCGGACUGGCCCCCACAGUUUGCGCCACUGGGUGAAAUUGACUCACACCUGCGAUGUCCCAUCUGCAAGGAGCUCCUCAGGGCAGCUAUGAUGCUGCAAUGCCACCAUAAUUUUUGUUCGGAAUGCAUACGACGACACCUCGACAAGGAGUCCACUUGUCCGGCUUGUAGAGUCGCAACCUCAACAGCACAGAUGCGCCGUAACACUGCUUUAGAUGAAAUAGCGAACAGUUUCAGGGAUUGCAGGUCAUUACUUCUAAAAACUGUCUUGGAGUCUCUAGAACCAAAACAUACACCAACGCCCCAACUAUCACGCUCUGAGAGCAUGGACAUUGAAUACGAAAGUCAAUCGCACAAGAGGCGGCGGACGUCGUCCAGAAUGUCAACUCGAUCGUCCUCACAUUCAAAUAACCAGGACCAUAUCGAGGCGGUCAUGACAACCCACUCGGAGGGAGAUGAUGACAACGAUGACGAUUUUUUUAUGGCUUCUCAGGAUUCUACUUCAUCAUACAAGGGAAAGAAUGUUGCUCGAUCUGCUGCAGGACCCGCGCUUCGAUCUAGGACAGGACGUCAAAGAUCGCCCACUGUCACUACCGUUGAUUCACCUCAACGACAAGGACAGCUGCAAUAUCAUCCUGCGCCUCUCUCUCAGUCAGGACCACAAUCUCAAUCUCAGAGCACAUCAGCUGUCUCCACAUUAGCGCCCAGCACACCCACCACACCCACCCAACCGCAAGCAGGAACUCUUGUGCCCUGUCCUGUUUGUGAAGUAGCCAUUCCAGUAUCCUACUCUGAAACACACCUGGAUAAGUAUUGUCUGAUAGGAAAGAAAGAUUCGGCCUACACCAUCCCUUUCAAAUUAUUUCUGGAUCAGAGCCGGGAAGUCAUUGAGUUGUAUGAGAGGCAGGGCACCACAAAACAAACUGUAGUCAGGCCGUCUUCUGUAGGAUCUCCACAGCGGCCGAGCACCUCCAACCUCUUUGAUAUGAGCAAAUCGAGAAGUGGAUCGCCACUUCAGAAUCGGACCAAGCAGCUAACGAUAUCAGGCGUCAUUCCAAAUCAAACAUACCCGGAACAAAAGAGAAUCCCAAAGUUAACGUAUAGCGUCCUUAACGACAAACAGCUCCGCAAGAAACUAGGGGAACUAGGGUUAGCAAUACAUGGCGACAGACAGCUACUACAAAAGCGCCACGCCGAAUAUGUCACCAUCUACAACGCCAACUGCGAUGCUACCCGACCCCAAACGAAUACUCAGCUUAUGAAGGCUAUGGAAGCCUGGGAAAGAGCAUAUGAGCAGGAUUUGGUAGCCAAGGAAGAACAACGGAGAGUUCUAGAACAACAGCAGAGAAAACAGCAAGAGAUUGCGCAACGGGAAGCGAAGGCAAAGGCAAAGGCAAAGGCAGAGGCAAAUGUAGAGGCAAAAUCAAGUGCUGCUGGUGCUCCACUGACAACCACUGUGCUACUAUCACAAGGAAGCACAAUCGAUGGCGGUGAUGCUGCUGGCAGUGCAAGGUCUUUUGUUCCCAAUCAAACUAAUAACACCGACGUGGCCAUCGCGGUAGCAUCAUCAUCGGCAUUUGCGCAUUCACUGAAGUACGCAAACGAGUAUGCAGAACUCAUCGCGGAUGUCAAGAGGCGAUCCCAGACUGACAAGGAUAAGACAAUGGCAGACAAACAGAAAGAAAUUGCUAAAGAUCAGCUCCAAGAGACAGCGCAGAACCAUCUUACAUGACGCCAAUAAAUCGAGAAAUAGGGACCACUGC